GUACCGCGUCGCUUGCUUCGCACGUCACCGGUGCGACACGUGCGGCGCUCUUUCUACCCGGUAGCAGCUAGCAGCUCCCGACCGCGCGGCGACAGUUUCUCGGUAGUCCAGUGGAACCAGAACCCAGACGACGAUGGCUGCAGCGGGGCCGCAGGGCAGGAAGAGGCUCCUGAAGGAGGAGGACAUGACCAAGGUGGAGUUUGAGACCAGCGAGGAGGUGGAUGUCACCCCCACCUUCGACACAAUGGGCCUACGGGAGGACUUGCUCCGCGGGAUCUACGCCUACGGUUUUGAGAAGCCGUCGGCGAUCCAGCAGAGAGCCAUCAAACAGAUCAUCAAAGGCCGAGACGUCAUCGCCCAGUCUCAGUCUGGAACCGGAAAGACGGCCACGUUCUGUGUGUCGGUGCUACAGUGUCUGGACAUCCAGGUGAGGGAGACCCAGGCGCUGAUCCUCGCUCCAACCAGAGAGCUGGCCGGACAGAUCCAGAAGGUGCUGCUGGCUCUGGGAGACUACAUGAACGUUCAGUGUCAUGCCUGCAUCGGAGGAACCAACGUGGGCGAGGACAUCAGGAAGCUGGACUACGGCCAGCACGUGGUGUCGGGAACGCCCGGGCGAGUGUUUGAUAUGAUUCGUCGCAGGAGUCUGAGGACGAGGGCCAUCAAGAUGCUGGUUCUGGACGAAGCUGACGAGAUGCUCAACAAAGGUUUCAAGGAGCAGAUCUACGACGUGUACCGUUACCUGCCGCCGGCUACGCAGGUGGUUCUGAUCAGCGCCACGCUGCCGCACGAGAUCCUGGAGAUGACCAACAAGUUCAUGACCGACCCGAUCCGCAUCCUGGUGAAACGUGACGAGUUGACCCUGGAGGGCAUCAAGCAGUUCUUCGUGGCGGUGGAGAGAGAGGAGUGGAAGUUUGACACUCUGUGUGAUCUGUACGACACUCUGACCAUCACACAGGCCGUCAUCUUCUGCAACACCAAGAGAAAGGUGGACUGGCUGACAGAGAAGAUGAGGGAGGCCAACUUCACCGUGUCAUCGAUGCACGGAGACAUGCCCCAGAAGGAGAGAGAGUCCAUCAUGAAGGAGUUCAGAUCUGGAGCCAGUCGGGUGCUGAUCUCGACGGAUGUUUGGGCUCGAGGUUUGGACGUUCCUCAAGUUUCUCUCAUCAUCAACUACGACCUGCCGAACAACAGAGAGCUCUACAUCCACAGGAUUGGUCGGUCUGGUCGCUAUGGACGCAAGGGUGUGGCCAUCAACUUUGUGAAGAACGAUGACAUCAGAAUCCUGCGAGACAUCGAGCAGUAUUAUUCCACCCAGAUCGACGAGAUGCCCAUGAACGUGGCUGAUCUGAUCUGAUGACAUCACACCGGAGCCCCACCCUCUUUACUUCCUGUUAUUUCCUGUUUUGUUUUGUUGGGUUUUUUAAAUAGUUUUAGGGUUUCUUAAGUUGUUCCGACUGUAAAAGUCCAGAGUUUUUGUAAAUAAAGUUUUUGGUUCCUCA